AGUGAUCGGUGGUGGGUAGGAAUGUUUUGUUUUCUUGGUAAUAAGUAAUUAUUGAAAAGCAAAUUUGGCUCUUGUUUUCUUUUUAUUAUACCCACAUAUAAGCUUACACUAUGUAAUCUACAUAGAAUAAAGAACUUUUGAAGGGGUAAUAUAGGUAAAAAGUUUUCGGUUAUCUUCAAAAUACAAUUAAAAUUGGUCGAGGAAUGUGUUAUCUAUGCAAGAAUGCAAGCUGUACGGAACAAAGCAUUAAACAAGGAUAUCACCUUCAACCGGACAAGUGCCCUUGUAUCUGAGUUAGAAAUAUGGAAACACAGUAAAUGGAGAUUAGCCGAACCAGAAAGAUAAUAAAGUUUUAUAAAUAUACAUUAUAUACACAUUCCAUGUGCCAUAGAAAGCCAUAAACCAGUCAAUAACUUUAAUUAAAAAUAUUGUUUAAUUAUGAAUGAUACAAAAGCCCUUUUGGCGGGGCCUCACCCAAAACCAUCCCAUUUCGUGGGACUUAGAAUGAAGAAAAAGGCCUACUGGGUGUUAAGGCAUGCCAACUUACGCAAAUGUGUGUGGGCUGUGGUUUUCUUUAGCCUCAUAUUGAUCAUAAUAUAUUCGAAGCAGACCAAAACUUCUUAUUUAACUAAGAUAUAUAGAACGAAUACUCGUCCAGAACCGAAUAUAAGAUGUUCAGUGUUAAAUGGCCCCAAGUUAUUGCAAAAUCACAAUCACAAGACAGAUGCCCAGUUAAAAAGUUACCCAAAAGUAUUAGUUUUUAUUGAGACUAUGUAUUCAAAGUUAGGGAAGGAUAUAGCCGAACUAUUGGUGCACACUAGGAUUAAAUACAAAGUUGAGGUGACAGGUAAAAAUUUGCCAGUCUUAACGAACCUAGAUAAGGGACGAUAUGGCGUGAUAGUAUUCGAGAAUUAUAGUAAAUAUCUCCAAAUGGAUAAUUGGAACCGGCAACUCCUCGAUAAGUACUGUCGUGAAUAUUCAGUCGGGGUAAUAGGAUUCAUAUCGCCCGAAGAGGAAACUUAUACCGAGUACCAAUUAAAGGGAUUUCCGUUGUUCAUUAAUACCAACGUGAAACUCAAAGAUGCUGCUUUGAAUAGCGCGUCACAAAUACUGAGAUUAACCAGGGCGGGGGAAACUGUGUGGGGAGACUUGCCGGGAAAUGACUGGACUGUAUUUCAGGCUAAUCAUUCGACGUAUGAGCCGCUUGAGUGGGCCCAUAAGCAUGAUUUUAUACAAGUGAAUAAUAGUAAGGUUAGAAUGCCUCUUCCGACUGUUAUUCAGGAUCAUGGUCUGUAUGACAACAUUCAAAGGGUAAUAUUCGGUUCAGGUUUGAAAUUCUGGCUGCACCGGCUUCUGUUUCUUGACAGCUUAAGUUAUUUGAGUCACGGUCAGCUCAGUUUGUCUCUGGAUCGUAUGAUUUUGGUCGAUAUAGACGACAUCUUUGUGGGGGAAGUGGGGACUCGUCUCCGACCAGAAGACGUCGAGGCUUUAGUCAAUACUCAAGACCGACUGACUAGUAUGGUGCCUGGUUUUAAGUUUAACUUGGGAUUCUCAGGCAAAUAUUACCAUCACGGCAACGAUGAGGAGGACAAGGGUGACAAUCUUAUUUUGCAACAUGUGAAUAAGUUUAUGUGGUUUUCUCACAUGUGGAAUCAUCAACAGCCACAUUUGUACGAUAAUUUAACCGUUUUGAUUGAGGAUAUGAAUUUGAAUAAAAACUUUGCUAAGAGUAAAGAAAUUUUAGGGAUUCCUGUAGACUCUGGUUACUCAAUUGCUCCGCAUCACUCGGGGGUAUACCCUGUUCACGAUAUGCUUUAUACCGCUUGGAAGAAAGUAUGGAAUGUCAGAGUUACCUCCACGGAGGAAUAUCCACAUUUGAGACCUGCGAGAUUAAGAAGGGGUUUCAUACACCGAAACAUUAUGGUGCUUCCCCGACAGACCUGCGGUCUGUUCACCCACACGAUGCUCAUCGAUAGGUACCCUGGAGGUAGAAGUAAACUGGAUGAGUCGAUUCAGGGAGGAGAGCUUUUCCAAACAAUCGUUUACAAUCCCAUAAAUAUUUUCAUGACUCAUAUGUCAAAUUACGGCAACGACAGAUUAGGCCUAUACACAUUCGAGUCCGUCGUUAAAUUUAUUCAAUGUUGGACGAAUAUAAGGCUGUCAUCCGCGCCACCCCUUCAGUUGGCGGAGAACUACUUCAAAUUGUAUCCCGGCGAGUCGGAUCCAGUUUGGGGGAAUCCUUGCGACGAUCAAAGGCACCAGAAAAUUUGGUCUAGGAACAAAUCGUGCGACUCGUUGCCUAAAUUUUUAGUAAUCGGGCCCCAAAAAACAGGCACCACCGCCCUGUACACGUUUUUGUCUCUACAUCCGGCGGUGGCGAGUAAUCUGCCCAGUCCGACGACGUUCGAGGAGAUUCAGUUUUUCAACGCGCACAAUUAUCUGCGCGGUCUUGACUGGUAUAUGGGUUUCUUUCCCGGAGACGCCAACUCGUCUGUACGGUAUUAUUUUGAGAAGAGCGCCACCUAUUUCGACGGCGAGCUAGUCCCAAAACGGGUACACGCGCUAUUGCCCCGCGCGAAGCUAGUAACGAUUUUGAUAUCGCCUGCGAAAAGAGCGUAUUCGUGGUACCAACAUACAAAAGCGCACGGCGAUACCGUCGCCAACAAUUACAAUUUUCAUCAGGUGAUAACAGCCAGCGAUAUCGCGCCGAAGCCGUUAAGGGAUUUGAGGAACAGAUGUCUAAAUCCUGGAAAAUACGCUCAACACUUGGAGAGAUGGAUGACUUAUUUUUCGCCUCAGUCGAUCCACAUAAUCGACGGCGAAGAACUGAAAUCAAAUCCGGUCGAGGUAAUGAGUGAGAUUCAGAAAUUUUUAAAGAUUACCCCUUUCUUCAAUUACACCGAGCAUUUGAGAAAGGGUUUCUACUGUCAAGUGGUGAAAGGCGACAGCACGAAAUGCCUUGGGCGAAGUAAAGGCCGACAGUAUCCUCCCAUGGAAGAGAAGUCUUUAAAAUAUUUGCAGCGCUACUACCUCAGCCACAAUACUGCCCUGGUGAAAUUGUUCAAGAAGAAUGGAAUUCGCAACAUACCCAACUGGUUAAAGGACGAUUUGUCUGAUAAAACAGACAAUUAAAUACCAGUUGUCGGCCGUAGGUGCAUUAAAUUAAUUUGUUUAGAUAGAAAUAAAGCACCAAAGAAGAACGACAUUUCAAUAAAAAAUAUCGAUUUUUCGACAUCCAAAUUUUUUUACGCUUAAAUUGAAUAUGUUUAUUUAGUACAACCGGCGAAUUUUAUUUCUUCUUUGCUUAUUUAUUUGUUCUGUUACCUUGUCCUCAUGCCGUUUCUUAUAAAUGAUUUUGUUCAGCGGGUGGAUUCAACAUUACAUUACAUCAAUGUUUUGUUGCUUUUAGUUUAUUGAUUAAGAUUUAAAAAAACUCAAUAAUUUUAGUACAUUUUUGGUGGUUUAUUUUGACAUAGUAAUU